AUGUCGCGUAAAAAACCUGUUAAUACAACUAGACAACCAAGACUGAAUUUACAUUGGACUCCCCCUCCUAAUGGAACUCUUACUAUUAAUUCUGAUGGUUCUUUUAAUAAUUAUUAUGGAGGCAUUGGUCUAAUUAUUCGUGAUUUUGCAGGUUGUCACAAAGGUUCAAGGUGCAUCUAUCUAGCUAAAGCUUCAAGUCCAGAACAUGCAGAGUGCAAUGGUUUAUGGGAAGCGGUGAAGUGGGCUAAAGAGAUGAAUUUGCGAGAAGUGCACUUUGAAUUGGACUCAAAGAUGGUGGUGGAUGCAGUGAAAAACAACACUUACAACAUAGAUUGGAGAUUGCAUAAUCUCAUUAGAGAUAUCAAGACUUUUUUUCAAGCUUUUAGCUUCUGA